AUGAUGAGUGAUACGCAGCCACUAUUACCAACUGCAGAUCGUUUUUCUAUUGACGAUAGCAAUAGCAAUCGAAGACGAUCGGCGAUUAACAAACUGUUCAAUUGGCGUCAAUAUUUUGCUUUCACAAAGAUUGAUCAGAAGUAUGAAAAUUUGGAUGAUGAUAAUGAUGGCACUAGAAACGAGCCAGUUAUUGGAUAUUUUCAACUGAAUAUUUCGUAUUGCGAUACAAAUUCGAUUAGUCAGUUCAGUGUCAAACUGUUCAAUAACAUCGACAAUAUGAGUAAAGCCGUUGGCUUUGAAUUAUCAAUGUUGCUUGCAGCAUUAUUUUCCAUUAUUUGCUCUUCUUGUGUUGCUCUAAUCAUCAACUGGAAAUUGACAUUUGCUAUAGCAUGUACAGUGCCGUUUGCUAUCGUCGGCUCAUAUGUAUUUUCAAAGAUUACUGUCAAAGAAUCGAGAAACGAAUUGGAUGCGUACUCAAAAGCUGGCGAGAUCGUUCAAGAAGUGUUCAGUUCUCUUCGUAGUGUGCUUUCGCUUAAUGGUGAAAACUUUGAGGAAAAACGAUACGAAAACGAAUUACGGCCGACUCGUAGGAGCAGUGCACGAAAGGGUGCUGCAUUUGGUCUUCUCAAUGGUUGGAUUUAUCUGAAAUAUGACACAAUUGUCGGUGAACGUGGUGUUCAGUUGAGUGGUGGUGAAAAGCAACGUAUCGCUUUAGCUCGUGCUCUUGUCAAACAGCCUGCCUUGCUUUUGUUGGACGAAGCAACAAGUGCUCUUGAUAAUACCAAUGAAAAGAUUGUCCAAGAAGCACUCGAUCAAGCAUGCAAAGGUCGGACAACUAUUGUGAUCGCUCAUCGUUUAUCAGCAGUUCAAAAUGCACAUCAAAUUUAUGUUUUGGAUAAUGGAUGUGUUAUCGAACAAGGUACACACGAGGCACUGAUGUCACAAGAAGGAAGUCGAUAUUGCGAGAUGAUGAGAGCUCAACAGAACGAAAACACAGAAAAUGAUAUCGAUGGAAAAACGAACACUGCACCAAUCGAAGAUUACGAUCAAAAACAAAUAUGUACGUACAGAAUUUCAAAAAAAGAGAAUAUUUUGAACAACAUCAUUUGUUUCGAUUAGCUGAACAUUCUCUGCAUCCUAGCUAUAGUGAAUUUGACGACGAAAAUAAAGUAAAGAACAUGAAUUUAAUUGUGUCCAGAUGUGUUUUGCAUGCGUAAUAUUCUUUUAAUAGGCGUCAUCCGAUAUGAAUUGUCAACCUGUCUUUUUGCGACUUUUGUUUAUGAAUAGUCCCGAAUGGAUCAUCAUUCUGAUCGGCUGCAUGACCUGCCUCAUAAUUGGGGCAAGUCAAACCAUACAUGCUGUUCUACUCUCUCUUACAGUAUCCGUAAGUCAUUUUCGCGCACAGAAAAACCAAGAGUAUCGUCAUCGGUUGUUCAAAGGCAUUUGGAACGUGUACCUACGAAGAACGAAGUCAUAAAAUUUUGAAAUUUUCUCUUCUCUUCUUGUUCAUGGGUAUUGGUCUUUUGAUUAUACGUUUUAUUCAAGUAGGAAUAUAUGGCAUAAAAUGUUUUAUAUUUUCUGCAUGAAUAGUACACCGCAUUUGCUUUGUCUGGCUCGAAAUUAACUGAACGUAUGUGCAUUAAAGCUUUUGCGCACUAUUUACGCCAAGAAAUGGCUUUCUUUGAUCGUCCUGAAAAUAGUUCUGGAGCUAUUUGUCACCGUCUUUCAUCUGAUGCAUUGGCUAUUCAGCAAAUGGUUGGCAGUCAUCUAGGCAUCGUUUGUGAAUCAGUCGCGACAUUCGGAGUUGGUAUUGUUAUCGCGUUUUUGUUCAGCUGGCAGUUGGCAUUAAUCCUAUUCUUUUAUAUUAUCAUUUUGUUUUUUGUUGCUUUCAUGCAAAUACGUUGGAAAGCACAAUUGAAUAAACGCCGUGAUUGUGUUCUUGGAUUAGCAAAUUCGGUAAGAGAAACAUGUCGAUUAACAUAUCAUGUAUACUGAAAUAUUGAUGUUGAAUCUUCUUUUCUUAAUAGUUCUCUGUCGAAAUCAUUCACAAUAUGCGUACAGUGAAACAAUUGGCAAGUGAGACAGAAUUUCUGCGUCAAUUUUCUGAUUUAGUUCUUGAGGAGUUCAAGUCAGUCUUUCAAUAACUUUUUUCCCUAAUCUUCAUGCAAUAUUUCUGGCCAUAGAAUUCAUCGAAAUGAUCUAGUAAUAUCCCCUCUAUUACAAAGUCUCUAUUGGGGAACGAGACCAUUGAUCGAGUUGGUUAUCUUUUGGCAGGCUUUCAUACUUGUUGAACAGAAAGAACUGAAUAUGAAUAACCUGAAUAAGUACACAAAUAAAAAGCUUUAAGAUCUAUUUUAUCUACAUAUUCUUCUAGGGUGUUUGCCUAUUACAUUUUUGCCUUGGAAUCCGUACGAUGCAUCACGACUUUGUAAGUACUUCCGUCAAUCAACUAUGUUUUCGCAAGUGUUUUAUUUAGAACGCGACAGAUGAGUGACUCAUUGUCAGCAGCUCAAAGUUUCUUCAGUUUGUUCGAUCGAACAUCAGCUAUUGAUAAUAGUUCCACUGAUGGUCAACAAUUGGUAAGUAAUUCAUUUCGUAAAAGUCUCGACGUUGAAUAGAUCCCUCUUAUCUCAUUGUUAAAAUAUGUCGAUGGUAGAGUGAUUUUCAAGGCGCAAUCGAAUUUAGUGAAGUCAAAUUUGCAUACCCAUCUCGACCGACAUCCUGCAUCCUGGAUAAAUUUCAAUUGAUCAUCAAAUCUGGUGAGCUUAUAACGUAUAUUUUAAGUUUAGUUUAUGAUUAAAUCUUUGUAUUUGUCAAUUAGGCCAGCGUGUGGCUCUUGUAGGUAUGUUGAAGUUAGUUUUUAACCAUUCAAAGCACUUAUAUAAUCCAUAUACAAAGGUGCAUCUGGUUGUGGCAAAUCAACCGUCAUUCAGCUUUUAGAACGAUUCUACGAUCCUAUACAGGGUCGAAUCGUAAGUACCUUUCUUCUAUGCUGUCAAAGUAUGAGUGGAAACACUUGACUAAUGAAAUCUAGUAUCUCGACGGUGUUGACAUUCGAAAGCUGAAUAUUCAAUGGCUUCGCUCAACUCUUGGUCUCGUUAGUCAAGAGCCUAUAUUGUUCAAUUUGACUAUUGCUCAAAACAUAGCCUAUGGAAAAGAGAAUACUUCGAUUGAAGAUAUUAUCGACGCAGCUACCAAAGCCAACAUUCAUGAUUUCAUUCAGCAGUUACCUCAAGUGAGUGAAGAAUAACACAUGAUAUUUGAUUGUGUCUUUGCACCAUGACAACAGGGUUAUGAGACUAGAGUCGGUAUGAAAGGUAGCCACUUGUCAGGUGGUGAGAAACAACGUAUUGCUAUUGCUCGAGCUCUUCUUCAUCGGCCAAAAGUAUUGCUGCUAGACGAAGCAACAAGUGCUAUGGACUCGUACAAUGAACAGGCUCGUUUUCUUAUCAUGCUCAUUAAUCAAAUAAUCAUUUCCAAUAUGUUUAGAUCGUGCAAAAAGCUCUUGAAAGAGCUCAAACAGACGAUCCAACUCGAACUUCACUGAUCAUUGCUCAUCGUCUGUCGACCAUUCGUUCGUGCGAUUUGAUCUGCGUUCUUGAGAAAGGACAUCUGGUAGAAAGUGGUACUCACGCAGACUUACUGAAACAAAGUGGAGUCUACUAUCAUAUGAUUCUUCGCAGCAAUACUUCAUAAAAUAAUCUUCGUCGUUAUUUUAACGAAACUGAAUAACAAUUGAAAUAAACUCUUCUACUUUUCUUUUCUGCGUUAAUUUUUCGAACAAAUCUUUUUUACUAAUCUUCUUCUCUUAGCAACUCAAAAGACAUAUUGACAAAUUUAAAAAAAUUUUCUAAUUGAACUCAUUAUCAAGAUGAUUGAUAAGGCAGAGAACAAAUCCCUCUCUUUCGCUUCUAACGAUGGACUUUAUGCCAAACCUACGGUUUUGAUUCAAACAGAAAAAAAAAUCAAUAAGAAUAACAAAGAAGAGAAAAAAAUCGAUGUGAAGCUACCACAACACAAUCUGUCACCACAAUCGUGGUGGCGAUUUGAUUGAACGCUGUGUGCCAACUAAUAAAUGAGCUCAAUAAAGGGCGCACGUUCACGAG